CCAGGGCGUCCGAUGUGCCGAUGGCAGCUGGCGCCGCCGCUGCCCCUGGCCGCGCCCCCCCCGUACAUCUGCUUCCUUUGCAAGAGGAAGUUCAAGAGCGGCGCGCUGCUGAGCCGCCACAGGCAGCUGUCCGAGCUGCACCGCCGCAGCCUGCAGCGGCAGGAGGAGGAGAUCCAGCAGAAGAAGGAGGAGCUCCGGCAGGUGAUCUCCGGGGUGCGCAAGCAGCUCCAGGAACUGGAGGUUGCCGCCAGCAAGCAGGUCCUGCCCGACGAGGAACUGCAGGUGCAGAGGGCCUCGCUGGAGCAGAAGCUGCGGCAGGC